AUGCCUGCAACAAAGUCGCCCCAGGCCGAAGAGCUAUCAGAGCAGACACAAGCUCUUCUCGACAAGAAAGAAACCUACUCUGUCGGAGGCUUUGGGCCGUUACCUGGAUUCAUUGUCUCUGCCAAGGGCUCAACACUGAAAGAUGUCGAUGGCAAAGAAAUUCUUGACUUUGCCGUCACUAUGGGGACAGUCAACUUGGGUCAUUGCAAUCCAAAAAUCACCAAGGCCGUGGUAGACUCAAUUUCAAGUGCUUUCCAAACAAAUAUUGCUGUUCAUGAUAGCCAGUGGCCCCUUGUGGCCCAAACUCUCUGCGAGAAGCUGGGUUAUGACAGGGUCGCUUCGAUGGUGACAGGAGCCGAGGCCACUGAUGCUGCCGUCAAAAUCGCCAGGAAAUGGGGCAUUGAGCGCAAGGGCAUUUCUCCUUCUGACCUCCUCAUUCUUGGAUGUUCUGACAAUUACCAUGGCCUUUCUGCUGGAAUUUGGACACUCAUGACCCCUGGCUGCGGUCAACAAGAAUACGGUAUCACAAGCAAAAACCUCGUAAAUUAUGAUCCUGAGACUGGUAAAUCCCUACGCUAUGGUCAUGUUGAGGACUACGAGAGUUUGUUCAAGCGUGAUCAUACCCGCAUUGCUGCUGUUAUGAUUGAACCAAUCCACGGUGGUCUGGAAUCGUUCCAAGACGAAAUUGACUUCGCAAAGGGAGUCCGUAAACUUUGCAAGGAAUACAAUAUCCUCUUCAUCGCCGACGAGGUACGAAUGGGAUCCGGCAAGACGGGCAAAUUUCUUUGCUCCGAGUGGUUAGGCGCAGAACACAAGCCAGACAUGGUGGUGUUGGGCAAAUCAAUCACUGGUGGUGUUUUCCCUGCCUCGUACAUUCUUGGAUACGACGAUACCAUGAGUCUGGUCAGACCCAACCAGGUGGCAAGCACCUACGCAAUGGGCCCUGCAGCCAACGCAGCAGCCCUUGCCGCUCUGAGGCUCUACGCCGACCCUAAGAUUCUGAAUCGAGCCUGGGUCAUUCAGGAGGCGUGGCUUGAAACCACUUCAAAGUGGCGUUACCCAUUCAUCCAGUAUUGCACGGCUCGAGGUGCUGACCUCGUCAUUCUGUUGAAUGAGGGUUGCGAUGGGGUCACUGCUCGCCGUGUUGCAAGAUUGGCGUACACAUAUGGCAUUCUCAUUUAUCCUCAGAAGCCCAGAAUUCGGUGCAGCGUUUCUCUCACCAUCACGGACGAGGAACUUAGCAGGGGACUCAAAAUUCUCACACAGGUUAUGGAUGAGGUUACUCAAUAUGGAGAGAUUCCUGGCUCUACGCAUAUUGUUGAUGACGUGGAUGCCGGUUUCUGA